AUGCUUCUUGUUGCGGUCGUUGUGGCGUAUUGGCUAUGGUUCAAGAGGAUCUCACGGUGGCUAAAGGGUCCACGUGUCUGGCCUGUAUUGGGGAGUCUUCCUGGUCUGAUAGAGCAGCGUGACAGGAUGCAUGAAUGGAUCACCGAGAACCUCCGUGCGUGCGGCGGCACUUACCAGACUUGUAUAUGCGCCGUGCCUUUCUUGGCCAGGAAGCAAGGUCUCGUGACUGUCACGUGUGACCCCAAGAAUCUCGAACAUAUGCUCAAGACCCGGUUCGAUAACUACCCCAAAGGUCCUACGUGGCAAUCCGUUUUCCACGACCUUCUCGGUCAAGGUAUUUUCAACUCCGACGGUGACACUUGGCUCUUCCAGCGCAAAACCGCCGCUCUCGAAUUCACAACAAGGACGUUACGGCAAGCCAUGGGAAGGUGGGUAAACCGAGGAAUUAAGCUCCGGUUCUGUCCAAUUCUUGAAUCGGCUCAAGCCAAAUCAGAACCGGUUGAUCUCCAAGACUUAAUACUACGGCUCACGUUCGACAACAUUUGUGGAUUAGCGUUCGGUAAGGACACACGAACCUGCGCGCCAGGGCUUCCCGAUAAUGCCUUUGCCUCAGCUUUCGACCGAGCCACUGAAGCCUCGCUCCAACGGUUUAUUUUGCCGGAGUUUCUGUGGAAGCUGAAGAAAUGGCUUGGCCUCGGCUUAGAAGUCAGUUUGAGCCGAAGCUUGGAAGAAAUUGAUGGCUACUUAGCAACAGUCAUAAAAACACGUAAGCAGGAAUUGAUGAGUCAGCAAGAAAGUGGGGCCCAUGGACACGACGAUCUCCUCUCGCGUUUCAUGAUGAAGAAGAAAGAAUCAUACAGCGACACGUUUCUCCAACACGUGGCGCUUAACUUCAUCUUAGCUGGACGUGACACGUCAUCCGUUGCGCUGAGCUGGUUCUUCUGGCUUAUCACGAUGCAUCCAACCGUUGAGGAUAAAAUCGUCAGCGAGAUCUGCUCCGUUCUGAUCGAGACGCGUGGCGCCGGCGACGUCGCGUCUUGGACGGAGGAGCCGUUGGGGUUUGACGAAAUCGACCGAUUGGUUUACCUCAAGGCGGCGCUAUCGGAGACUCUCAGGCUUUACCCAUCAGUGCCAGAAGAUUCGAAGCACGUGGAGAACGACGACGUUUUACCGGACGGGACUUUCGUUCCGGCGGGAUCUUCAGUGAGUUAUUCGAUUUACGCAGCGGGGAGGAUGAAGUCGACUUGGGGAGAAGAUUGUCUGGAAUUUAAGCCGGAGAGAUGGAUUUCUCCGGUCGACGGAAAAUUCAUCAAUCACGAUCAAUAUCGAUUCGUGGCAUUCAACGCCGGGCCAAGGAUUUGCUUGGGAAAAGAUCUGGCGUAUCUUCAGAUGAAGACGAUCGCGGCAGCUGUGCUUCUCCGUCACCGGCUUACGGUGGUUCCGGGACACAAAGUAGAGCAGAAGAUGUCGUUGACACUUUUUAUGAAGAAUGGACUUCUCGUUAAUCUGCAUAAGAGAGAUCUCGAAGGACUCAUUAAUAAGAGCCUAGUGGUGAAGACAAGUGACGGUGGCUUCAUCGGCAAUUGUAACGGCGUCGCUGGUGAAGGUGCCGCAGUUUACUUAAGCACGGAAGUUGCGGUUGCUUAA